AGCCGUAUUAUCUCUCUGCUAAAUUGAAGACCUCUCUCUCUUCUCCACCCGCCCACAGCAUUUUCUCUUCCUCUCCAUGAUAACUUCUCAAGCUUUGGGAAACCCAAAACCAGUACUACAACUCUGAGUUCAGUAUCUGCGGGAUUCAUGGAGAGCACCGAUUCUUCAUCGGGCUCGCAGCAACAUCAGCAGCAGCAGCCUCGGCUCCCACCGGGCUUCCGUUUCCACCCAACGGACGAAGAACUCGUGGUUCACUACCUUAAGAAGAAGGCCUCCUCUGCACCCCUCCCCGUUACGAUCAUCGCUGAAGUUGACCUCUACAAGUUCGAUCCAUGGGAACUCCCUGGUAAGGCAACUUUCGGUGAACAGGAGUGGUACUUCUUCAGCCCCAGAGACCGGAAAUAUCCAAACGGGGCCCGGCCUAACCGAGCGGCUACGUCCGGCUACUGGAAAGCUACCGGAACCGAUAAGCCCAUAUUAACCUCCGGCGGAACUCAGAAGGUGGGAGUGAAGAAGGCCCUCGUCUUCUAUGGGGGAAGGCCACCAAAAGGGGUCAAAACCAAUUGGAUCAUGCAUGAGUACAGACUAGCCGAUAACAGUACCAGCUCGAAGCCUCCUGGUGUCGAUGUUUCCAACAAGAAGUCCUCCUUACGGCUUGACGAUUGGGUGUUAUGCCGGAUCUACAAGAAGAACAAUUCGAAUAGACUCAUGGAGCGGGACAAGGAAGAUUCAAUGACUGACAUGAUGGCGCUGCCAACUUCGACAGUCGAAGGGCAACAGAGUUCCAAACAGCCACCGGCUCAAAGAACAACAAACUAUGGUGGCAUGUUGCUUGAGAGCGACGACAACUUCUUUGAAGGUCUAUUGUCGGAGGAUGGCGUCAACAGCAGCUCCUUGCCUCAGUUCGGUUCAUCGUCGAUUUCAACGACAGAACUCUCAAUGUUUCCAGCUGCCACAGCAACCCAACUCCCUCUGAAACGCCCCUUCCCAUCACCCUACUUCAACGAGGUGGCAGCCAUUGGACCUUCAUCAUCAACCAAGAAAUUCCACCCUGAUCACAACAGCAGUGGCAGCGGCAGCACCAACGCAAACAACCCCAUUGCAACCCUACUCAAUCAGCUCCCACAGGCAGCCACUCCAUUCCACAACCACACGCUUCUUGGGUCUCUUGGUGAGGGUGUUCUCCGGCAACCAUACCAGCUCUCCGGCAUCAAUUGGAACCCUUAGCUUUGGUUAAUUUACUUUACGCUGGUGGGUUUGGGUUUGAUAUGCAGGGCUCGAAUCAAGACAACCGAAGCGGGGGGAUUUUGCCAUAUGUCAGUUCCAUAAACUGACAAUAGGUAUCAAACAAUUGAUCAGCCUGUUAGUUACAUACCGUUGGAUUGGGUGUCACAGAUUCUGUCUGUCAGAUAAAAAGUAAUUGUAGGCCCUGAGGCUUCUGUGAGUGUAACUAUACUUUGCAACAAAUUUCAGGUGAGGUCGUAAAUGUCAGUUCAUUAUAUUCUGGUUUAUACGUAUUUGAUGAGUAUUUAUUAAUUA